CCGCGGGACCCGCGCGCCUCGUGCCUCGCGCCUCGCGCCUCAAGCCACGUCCCCGCCCCGGCCCCGCGCGCCGCAGAGUUGGCUGCUGGGCGGCGCGGGCCUGGGUGUGGUCGGCGGAUCUCCGCGGCGUUGGUCUCGGAGGUGCGCUGCGCUGCGCUCCGCACGCCCAGUCCGUGCGCCAGGAGCUGCGAGGCUCCCAGCCGACCCUCGGACGCCGGGUCCAAGCCGGCCCGAGCUCCCUCCAGUGGCUUUCAGUUGUAAGUUCCUGAGGUCAACAAAUUCAAGGAUGAGUGAGCUGGAACAGUUGAGGCAGGAAGCUGAGCAGCUGCGGAAUCAGAUCCAGGAUGCCAGGAAAGCAUGUAAUGAUGCAACGCUUGUUCAGAUCACAUCAAAUAUGGAUUCCGUGGGUCGAAUACAAAUGCGAACGAGACGUACACUAAGGGGUCACCUCGCUAAAAUCUAUGCCAUGCAUUGGGGAUAUGAUUCGAGGCUACUAGUCAGUGCUUCCCAAGAUGGAAAAUUAAUUAUUUGGGAUAGCUAUACAACAAAUAAGAUGCAUGCUAUUCCUUUGCGGUCCUCCUGGGUGAUGACUUGUGCUUAUGCUCCCUCUGGUAAUUACGUUGCUUGUGGAGGACUGGACAACAUCUGCUCUAUAUAUAACUUAAAAACCAGAGAGGGAAAUGUGAGAGUGAGCCGAGAGUUACCGGGUCACACAGGAUACUUGUCCUGCUGUCGUUUUUUGGAUGACAGUCAAAUUGUUACAAGUUCAGGAGAUACAACUUGUGCUUUAUGGGACAUCGAAACUGCCCAGCAGACCACUACCUUCACUGGGCAUUCUGGAGAUGUGAUGAGUCUUUCUCUGAGUCCUGACAUGAGGACUUUUGUUUCUGGUGCUUGUGAUGCCUCUUCCAAAUUAUGGGACAUUCGUGAUGGCAUGUGUAGACAGUCUUUCACUGGACAUGUGUCAGAUAUUAAUGCUGUCAGUUUUUUCCCAAACGGAUAUGCCUUUGCCACUGGCUCCGAUGAUGCCACUUGCCGUCUUUUUGACCUUCGUGCAGACCAGGAGUUAUUACUGUAUUCCCAUGACAAUAUCAUCUGUGGGAUCACUUCUGUAGCCUUCUCAAAAAGCGGGCGUCUGCUGUUAGCUGGGUAUGAUGACUUCAAUUGUAAUGUAUGGGACACGCUAAAAGGAGAUCGUGCAGGUGUUCUUGCUGGUCAUGACAACCGUGUCAGCUGUCUAGGUGUAACUGAUGAUGGCAUGGCUGUGGCAACAGGGUCUUGGGACAGUUUUCUUAGAAUCUGGAAUUGAUAGUGUGUACAAAUUUUCUGUUCUCCACUGAUAUCUGGAGAAAUCAGUACUACAGCCUGUAGCUGUGAAAAAGAAUUUACCUUAUAUUUGCAGGUGAAGAUUUUUCUAUUGAGACAUUAUAUACAAAACAGCUUUCAGUAAACUAC